UCGAGGUGGCAGUUGUCGGCACAGGCUAAUCAAAACAAGGAGCUACGUGGUGGAGCUGGACAAUCUAUAGACCUAAUGCCCUCAGGAUCUUCUGGUUGGCUUUUAACUGGUGCCUCGUCGGGAUUUUGUAGGAGUUGCUCAUUUGAAAUCCGUGGCUAAGAAGCCAGAAACCCAUCUUGCUCGUCACGGGUGGCGGAUUCGCCGUUUACUUUGCGAACAGUCGGUGCUUUAUAAUCCAGCUAGCUACACCAAGACGGCUUCUUUCCUUAUUUAUGAAGUCUCGGCUUUGAUCGUCCGCCGGUGCACGUCGGCCUAUUUUGAGGCCACAGUGUGGAAUGGUGUCUCAUUGUUGGCGAGCUAGCGUCGCUCGUUAGACAGUCGCCGGAUAGCCUGCACUUCAGUUGUCUUUUGUCCCGAUCGUCAUGUCGUCCUGGUUGGGGGGAUUUAGCUCCGGUCUGGGGCAGUCCCUCGGUCAGGUUGGUGGAAGCCUUUCCUCGUUCACCGGACAAAUAUCCAAUUUUACCAAAGAUAUUCUACUCGAAGGGACGGAGGAAGUAGGAGAUGCUUCCACAGAGCUGCAGGUAUCCAACUCUAAGUUGGCAGAACUGCAGACUGCGCAUUGUGCACAGAAGUCUGAGUAUGAGCGUUUGAGAAGGAUCAAUGCUGAUUUGGAGGAGAAGCUGGAGGCAGCAGAGAUCCAGGUCAAACAACAGUCACUGGAGUACAGGACUCUCUUGCAGCAGAAAGAGGUGGACAUUAGCCAUCUGAAAGCCCGCCAGAGCAGUCUGCAGGAGGAAGUCCAGAAACUGCAGCACUCCGCUCACGGCCUCGCCUCUGCUGGUUCUGACCCCGCUGUACUGCCUGUUGCCACUGUCGCCACCACAGCAACAUCCUCUUCCUACCUUUCAAGCACUUCGGCCACCCAUCAUGGUUUCCAUGGUGACGAGGUGGACCUUAGUGAUGUCCUGUGGUCACAGCAGGAAAUCAACAGGCUGUCCAGUGAGGUUCAUCGUCUGGAGGCAGACUUGGCCCAUUGGAGGAGAGUGGCAACUGCUAAGACAUCUAAAGUGGCAGGAGCAGACAAUGCUGAGCAGGACGAGGUCCUGAAACUGCAAAAAACCAUCAAAGAACUGCGGGAGUCGAUUGGACAGGAAGUCGACGAGCAUCAGCACGAGCUGGCAGCUCUGCAGGACGCCCAUCGGCAGAAAAUGGCUGACCUCACAAAACGGCACAGGGAGGAGCUGGCGGAGUAUGAGGAGAGGAUAGAAGAGCUGGAGGAGCAGAUACAGAGUGGAGAUGUCGCCACAGCUUCCACCCCAUCAGUACUGCAUUCCCUCAAAUUCGAUGCGCUGCAGGUCACUGUGCAUUCCCUACAAGAGGAGGCGGAGCUUCAGAGCAAGAGCAAUCGCGAGUUAAUGGCAAGUCUGGAGGAGGCUGCUCAUCAGAAGGUGGAGUUAGAACGCGAGAAGGAGGAGGCCAAGGCGGAGAAUGCAGAGCUCCUUCAGAACUACAGUCGUCUCCAGAAUUCUGUCAGCGAGCUCCAGACCCGUGUGCAGGAGCAGGAGGGAAAAGCUAUACUCAAAGCCCACCAAGACAGCGAAAUACAGGCCUUGAAAAAAGCACUUGCAGCUGCUGAAAAAGAGGUGUUCAGGUUGAAUUCUCUCACUGAAAUGCAUCGGGGUGGAGCGGAGACAGAGCAUGCUGACAUUCUAGAACUCAACACGAUCAUCAGUGCCCUAAGACAAGAGAAGGAGGAAGUGGAGAACGCGAAGCAGUCGGUGUUGGCUGAGAAACUAAGGCUAGCUGAGGAGAGAGGGGCUUUGGGUGAGACAGAAGCCACUGGGGAUCUGCAGCUGGAGGUCUCCGGCUUGAAGAAGCAGCUGGAGCAGAGGGAGCACGACCUAAAGCAAGCACACCUCAGCAUAGACACCCUUGCAGCUGAGCUGGAGGAACUCGAUCGGCAGAACCAGGAGGCCACACAGCAUCUCAUCAGUCUGAAAGAUCAGCUGGCCGGACAGAAGUCCCAGGCUGAGGUUGAGAUUGCCUGUCUGAAGUCCGAGUUCGCCGCAGCACUUCAUGACAAGGAGGCCCUGCAACAAGAGCUGGAGACUAAGAUGGAGAAACUUAGUCAGAGUGCAUUUACCCUCAAUGAUCUUCACAUGGGGAAACAGCAGCUGGAAGCCACAGUGAAGGAACUGAGGGACAAGUUAAGCAAGUCCCAGGAGUUUGGUAAGGAGGCGCGUCAGGAGGCCUCCGACCUGAAAAGGGCGCUACAAGAAAAGGAGACUCAACUGGCUGCUACUGGUGAAGAGCUGAGUCAAAGAAAGGAAAAGGAUAAAGUAGAGGAUAAGCAUUUGGUUCUGGAAGCGAAGCAUAAAGAAAUUCAGGCUUUGGUGAAAGAGCUAGAAGAAUUGAAGGUAUCAUAUAAGAAAAUAUCAACUGAAGAUUUUGAAUUGAAGAUGGACAACAAGAAGUUGAAAGAAAAACUUGUUCAGGCUCUUGAGAAAGUGGAGAAUCUUGAGCACCAGUUAAGAGACAGCCAGGCCUCCAUCAGCAGAGUAUCUUUGGAGAAGGACACUCGUAUCGAAGCACUGAAGCUGGAGAAGAACCAGAUAGAAGAAGAGCUAGGUCAAGCAGAAAGGCGACUGUCGGAUCAGGCUAAGCAGUACCAACAGACCAUAGAGGAUCUGACCCGAGCUCGCUCUUUGGAUGCCUCAGCAUUGCAAAUGGAACACGAGCGUGCCGUGAAGCUCAACCAGGACAAGGACCUGAUGAUCGCGGAACUAAAACGCGAGCUGGAGCAGAUGGCCUCCGACCACAAAGACACCAGUGAGAUGCUGAACAUGACCGUGGCUGGACAGAAGCAGCUUACAGAGCUUUUACAAGAGAAGGAUACUUUAGCAGUGUCGCUCAAAGCUCAAGCUUCUGAAGCACAGAGGGAGACGGAGACCGCCAUCUCGAAAGCAAAGCAAGAAACCGAUAGCCUCAGGAAAGCAGUGGAGGAGAAGGACAAGCAGCUCGGGGCCAUGAAGGAAGAGAACAGCCAUCUGAAGGAGGAGAUCGACCGCCUGCGGGACCAGCAGAGCAGACCGCAGCUGAUGUCCGAACCGAGGACGCUGGACAUCAUCACGGAGCUGGAGACCGAGGUCACGCAGCUCAAAGCUGCAAGAGAAGGGCUGGAGGAAGAGCUGGGUGUUUUGAGGGCUGCAGCAGAAGAGCAGCGGGAAUUGCUUUUGCAGUCCCAGCAUGCUCUGCAGGUGCACCAGAACGAGCUGGAGCAGGCCCGGUCAAGACAUGAGCAGAGCACGCUCAAUUAUGAAAGGCUCAUCGGCGCCAAGGAUGAGGAAGUGACACAGCUGCAGGCAGAGAUGGAAAGGCUGAGCACACAGAGGCAGAGUCAACAUCAGACUGUUGACAUCCUUCAAGAAGACAAGUCUCAUUCCCUUAGUGGUGAAAAUGGCAACGAGAAGCAUGACUUCUCAAAGGUGGAGAUUGAAAGACUUGUGAAGGGCAUUGAGGAGAAGGAGACAGAGAUUAUCCAGCUAAACGAGAAGAACCUUUCUUUGACCAAACAGCUGGAUCAGCUUGUGGUCUCCCGUGAUGAGCUCGGCAAACUCUCACAGGUGAUCCUUCAGAAGGAUCUAGAAAUCCAAGCGCUACAUGCGCGAGUUUCUGGAGGACACGGCCAGGAGGUCCUGUUGCUCCAGCAGCAGAUGCAAGCUUACGCGGUUGAACGGGAGCAAGUGCUUGCCGUCCUGAAUGAGAAGACCCGAGAGAACGGUCACCUUCGCUCAGAGUACCAUCGCAUCAUGGACAUCGUUGCAGCCAAAGAAGCGGCCUUGCUUAGGCUCCAACAGGAAAACCAGCGCCUCUCUUCCAUGAGCGACUCUUCAGGCAGUCAGGAAAUGUUCCGAGAGACCAUUCAGAAUUUGUCCCGAAUUAUUCGUGAGAAGGACAUCGAGAUCGAUGCCCUCACCCAGAAAUGCCAAACGCUGGUCACUGUACUUCAGGCAUCGGGUGGAGACUGCAGCGGUUCAGGCAGUGGCGUGAGCAGCAAUCAGUUUGAGGAGCUUUUGCAGGAGCGGGAUACCCUCAAGCAGCAGGUGAAGAAGAUGGAUGAGUGGAAGCAGCAGGUGAUCACCACGGUGAAGAACAUGCAGCACGAGUCCGCUCAGCUGCAGGAGGAGCUCCUCAAACUUCAUGGGCAGGUGUCCGCGGACAGCGACUGCAGCUCGCAGCUUUCCGUCGACUAUGCCAGUCUCAUCCAGAGCUAUGAGCAGAAGGAGAAAAGGCUGGGAAGUUUGAGUCAAGAGCUCGCCCAAGUACAGCAGACCAUCAGCCAGCUUACUAGCACCAAAGACGUCCUGCUUGGAAAGCUGGACAGCGUCGCUCUGGCUCCCGACGCUUCCACGGUGUCCACCCAGGUUGCUGUUGCGCAUCCAAGUCUUCAGGGAGCCCCGGCGCCCCUCCAGGAUGAGGGUUCACGGCCUGAAUUGGAAUACCUGCAGAGGGCGCUGGCGGAGAAAGAGGCCCUGAUAAGAACGCUCCAGGAGAACAACCAUCGGCUGGCGAAUUCGGCGUCUUUGUCGGAGAGCGAGCAGAGAGGCCAUGUGGAGGAGCUGAGGCAGGCACAGGAGAGGAUGGAAGCACUGCAGAGGUCCUUCAGAGAGAAGGACCUGCUCAUCAAGACCAAGGAAGACCAGUUGAACAAGGUCAGUGAAAAUUUGCGGAAUCGUGAGAACGAUAACGAAGUUUUGAAGCAAGCCGUCACCAACCUGAAGGAGCGCGCCCUGAUCCUGGAGCUGGAUGUUAAGAAGCUGAAGGAGGAGAACGAAGCCAUAGUGUCGAAGUCAUGCGAGAAAGAGACAGAGUUCCGUGCUCUGCAGGAGACCAACAUGCAGGUGUCGCUGUUGCUACGGGAACGGGAGUUUGAGUGGAGAGCGAUGAAUGAGAAGGCUGCAGCCAUGGAGAAGAUGCUAAAAGAUCAAGAUCAGGGAAAGCCUGGGGAAUUGAACCAACUGCUAAACGAGGUCAAGUCCAUGCAGGAGAAGGCGGUUUUGUUCCAGCAGGAGCGAGACCAGGUGAUGCUGGCUCUCAAACAGAAACAGAUGGAGACUGCUGCCCUACAGGCUGAGCUGCAGCGUGCGAGCAGCAAGGAUCAAAGGCAGCAGCAGGAGCUGGAGAGGCUCCGCAACCACCUGAUGGAGACGGAGGAGUCGUUCACGCGCGAGACCCUGGCCGUCGAGGGCCGCGAGCACGAACUGCGUCGCAAGCUGGCGCUGCUCGAGGAGAAGCUGGCGUCGUCUUCCAGCGCAGUGGAGAGUGCCAGUCAACAGGCUACUGUGCAAGUGGAGGCUCUUCAGGUACAGAUCACCUGUGCGGUCAGGCAGAGGGACGAGGCUCUGCUCCAGCUCCACGCUGCGCAGCACCAGGUCACCCAGUAUGCAGUGUCUCUCUCUAACCUGCAGAUGGUGCUAGAUCAAUUCCAGCAAGAGGAGAAAGCCAUAUACUCUGCAGAGCUGGAGAAGCACAAGAAAGAGAAAGAGCAGUGGCGGAAGAAAGCGGAGACCCUGGAGGACAAGGCCUCCGCCCUCCAGCUCAAUCUGGAUGAGGCGAAUGCAGCUUUGGAGUCAGCCUCUCGCCUCACUGACCAGCUGGACAUGAAGGAGGAACAGAUCGUGGAGUUGCAGAAGCAAGUGGCUCUGAGGCAGGAGAUGCUGGAUGAAGCCCAGAAAAAGCUCACAAACCUUCUCACCAGCUCGGAGGGCAAAGUGGAUAAAGACCUGAUGAAGAAUCUCUUUUUGGGCUAUUUCCACACCCCACGGAACAAGCGCUCCGACGUCCUGAGACUGAUGGCUAACGUGCUUGGAUUGGAACAGGACGAGCUGGACAAGCUAUUGUAUGACGAGGAAGGGAGAGGGGUCACUAAGUGGGUCUCUGACUGGUUCGGGGGCAACAGAGCACAGAGUGUCCCUAACACACCCCAGAAACCCACACACACCCAGAACCUCAACGGAUCAUUUUCUGAGAUGUUUGUAAAGUUCCUGGAAGUGGAGUCCAGGCCAGUGGCCCCUGCACCCAAACUGCCCGUUUAUGACAUCAAGCCUCUGAGUGUGCCCCCUCCUGGCCGGAGUAGCGCUAACGCACUUACAACAGGAGCAGCAGGUCCAGGCAAGCGUGGCACGGCAUCCAACCCUUUCCUAGCCCCUCGAUCCACCGCUGUUCCUCUGCAUACGUUGGUGGGCGGGGCCGGGGGCGGCCACCUGCUCAUGAAGCCCAUCUCGGACGCUCUGCCCACGUUCACGCCCAUGCCAGUCACCGCCGAGGCCAGUGCCGGGGCUGUGCUCAAAGACCUGCUCAAGCAGUGAGUGGCUAUCCACGCUGCCACUCAAAAGCACUUUAGCCAUUAGGCUACAGAACCCCAUGCAGGACAGCAGCAGUGACUGAAUGUUGUUUGUUAGAUCAUCUUUGCAACAACUGCACACCAUUAAAGCAUAAAUUAUGAGACUGAAGGCUUAAUGAUUUACUUUUUCCCUAUUAUCCUAUUUUCUUUUGGGCAUUGCUGAGCAAAGAACACUGUAAAGUCACUAAGAGGAACUGAGUUAUUUCCCUCGAACAGAAUAAUUCUACCUGUUCAUUUUCAUAGUCAUUCAUUCGUGGAACUAGAUCAUGCUUGGACCCAAACUGAUGCACCCGUUACCCUGAACUGUAAGGGAGGACAAACCCUUACAUCACCUCCUCAUAUCCAUCCACCCCAGUUUGUUUGACACCUGUAAUCUGAAAUGUUUCUCUCGUUUGCGAUCGGAAGACAGUCAACACUCGUGCUUCAUACAGAUGGGGUCACUUGUCUGUGGAAAGGCGGUCCGGCUCCCGCCGGCAACUACGUGCCUGCGUCUGUGGAAACCAUACAGAUCGCGUCUGUGGAAACCAUACAGAUCGCGUCUGUGGAAACCAUACAGAUCGCGCUCCCCCACUGCUGUUUCUCCCUCUUUUUCCUGCAGAUGGCUGCCCGUUUGUCGGUUACAGUAAUCAGUAUAAUAGACAGUUUCAGUUUGACAACUGAAUAUUAUACUUCUGCUGUGUGUGUGUGUGUGUGUGUGUGUGUGACACACACACGCAAUAUAAAUAUACUAUAUAAAUAUGUAGUUAUAUAAAUGAAAAUCAUUUGUAUUUUUCGGAAUUGUAAUUACAAGGGAAUUGGUAGGAAAAUUCAGCAGUUAGACCUGGAAGAUUGACAAAGUGGUAUAAAGAAAACCUUGUGUGUACAUAUUAAUAACCAAAAAAGAAGCUUCAUACAAUAUUGUGCUUUCAGAAUGAAGGCUUAAGUUCUGUGUGUAAAUUUAAGUUGUGCGUUUUUUGAUAACCAUCAAAAAAUGGAAAGAAAAGUAUUUUCCACCAAAACUCAAAUUAUGAGUUGACACUACCUGUGUCCCUGUAAAAGAAACUGUUUUAUGCAAAUGUGGGCAAUACUUAGUUUGACUUCAGGAGUUUGGGUAUGUGCUGUUAUAUUAAUAUGACAGUUAAGUUUUUUUUCCUGAAGAUGAAGAUGGGUUUAGUUCAAAUUUAUAAAUCUUUUGGGGUUGAGGGCACAGCCGGUGGUUUGAAUUUGUCACCCAUACAAUGUUUGUUACGCCAAGCAGAAAUAAAGACCUCUGCAUAUGCUAA